AUGACUGAAAAAAACUUUAUUGGAAGAAGAUUAGGAAUAGAUGUUACCGCUGCUGUUGCUGCUGCUUUUGGAGUUUCACCUUUUAUAACAAUCAUUGAUAGAUCUAUUGUAGAAAAUGCUAGUGGUCGUAACUCAAUAAGUGCUUCUCUUAAACAAGGAUUCCGUGAUUUAUUAACAAAACCUCACGCAUUUAUACGAAAACCAGCGUUUGGUUUGAUUUUUUUCGUCUACUCUUCAACUUACAUAACAGCCAACACAAUUGAUACAAUAAGCCAUUGUUACUUUAAUAAUCAAAGUCAAAAAAGUAAAGAAAUAGGAAAAUUUAUGGGCACAACAAUUGUUAAUAUGACAACAUGCAUCUAUAAAGAUCGUCAAUUCACCAGAAUGUUUGGUACGGUUGCGCCUAAAGGUUUACCGAUGGCAACCUAUUUAUUAUUUGCAGCCAGAGACUCUAUGACUAUCGGUGCAAGCUUCAAUCUUCCACCAAAAUUAGCAAAUGAAUUGCACCAACGACAAAUCAUCCAAAAUUCCGAGAAUGCCAUAAAUUUAGCACAGUUAACAUGUCCUGCAAUGAUUCAAAUUUUCUCGACCAAUCUCCAUCUAUUAGGUUUAGAUUUAUAUAAUAGACCAAGUGCUUCAAAUGUUUCCAGAUUGAAGUUUAUAAUCAAAAAUUAUUUAAUGUCCACAAUUAGCAGAAUUGCUCGUAUUGCGCCAGCUUUUGGGUUUGGAGGAGUUGGUAAUAGAGUUGUUAGAAAUAAGUUAAGUGAUAUUAUUAAGAUUAAAAAUCAUAAUAAUGAUGUUGACAAAGGAUUAGAAAGUAUGGUUGCUGCUAAAGCCUUUUCACCAAAUCGGUGA